AACAGAGAAAAAAAUACCUUGAGAAUAAAGGUAAUGAUUAAUCUGUCAGGCACAAAAAGGAUCGUUUUGGGGAUUUCAGGUUCUAACUUGCGAAUUCCAACAAAUAGCAGGGAACAGAGAACGAUGGUUCCACCAGGAGAGGAUUAAGUCACAGCCUCUAAUUGGCACAGCAUUCGUACAGUCGGAGAACCUCACCAGACAUCUCCAGGAAUCCGUGAGCACUUGUCAAAACUUCCAUUUUUUCGUGCGUGUGAAGCUGGGGACCAGAACAGGCAGGUGUUAGCCGAAACAGUCGUCAUCUGAGAAGCCCACAAUGCAGCCUGAGAAAGGAGAGAAGGGGAAAAGCUUGAAGCAGAGACUGGCCUUGAAGAGGAACUUAGCAAAAGAAACACUGGCCGAGUUCUUGGGCACGUACAUCAUGGUUGUCCUUGGAUGUGGCUCUGUUGCCCAAGCUAUCCUCAGUCGAGGUCUUUUUGGAGGAGUUGUCACUAUCAAUGUUGGAUUUGCAAUGGCAGUUGUAAUGGCCAUUUAUGUGACUGCAGGUGUCUCCGGUGGCCACAUCAACCCAGCUGUGUCUUUUGCAAUGUGUGUCUUUGGACGGAUGAAGUGGUUCAAAUUGCCCUUUUAUGUGGGAGGCCAGUUCUUGGGAGCCUUUGUGGGGGCUGCAACCCUCUUCGGUAUUUACUAUGAUGGACUUAUGUCCUUUGCUGGUGGAAAAUUGCUCAUCGUGGGAGAAAAUGCAACGGCGCACAUUUUUGCAACAUACCCAGCUCCGUAUCUAUCUAUGGUGAAUGCAUUUGCAGACCAAGUAGUGGCCACCAUGUUCCUCCUCAUAAUCGUCUUUGCUGUUUUUGACUCCAGAAACAUGGGAGUCCCCAAAAGCCUACAGCCUAUUGUCAUUGGCCUCCUGAUUGUUGUCAUUGCUUCCUCUUUGGGACUGAACAGUGGCUGUGCCAUGAACCCAGCUCGAGACCUGAGUCCCAGACUUUUCACAGCCUUGGCAGGAUGGGGGUUUGAGGUCUUCACCCGCAGAGGCCCGGCCCCAUCCACUCACGGCAGCUGUGGGAAAGGAACUCAUUUUGGUGCAUCAGGAAGCAGAGCUCCACCACAGAGAAGGGGAAGUAGGAGAACACAUGUGAGCAAAUUCUAGUUUAAUGUGUGCUGCAAGAACAAAGGACUUGAGUGUUCCCAAAUGCUGAGCUAUACAUAUAGUAACAUUCAUGUUAUGACUUUAUUUAAACGAGAGUUCAGGUUGCCUGUCAGCAGUGUGGAAGACAAGCGCUUAAAAUGACUGAUACCAUUCAGAUCACCACCGCGGACAUCACUGAAAGCCGUGGCGUGAGAGUCAGGAGGACCUUGACCGAUUUUUCCUGCUGUACUCGCAGUGCCCAGAACAGGCCUGGCUCACAGGAGGGCUCAAUAAGAAGUACUGAAUAGAAGAAUGAAUACAUGCCACGUGCCAGGCACACCCUAGCAGUUGAAGGAUACAAAGGCAAUCAAGCAACAUUCUCUGUCCUCAACAAAUACACAACGCAAUACGUUUUCUAGAGCAGUGGUUCUCAACCAGAAGUGGGCAGUUGUGUCCCAGGGACAUUUGGCGAUGCAUGGAGACAUUUUUGGUUGUCACAACGUGAGGUGGGGAGAGGGGAUGCUACUGGCAUCUAGUGGACAGGGGUGACAGACACCUUUCUGCAGGACAGACACCUGCAACAAGGAAUUAUUCAGCCCAACAUGUUAAUAGUGUUGUGGUUGAGAAACUCUGUUCUAAAGUAAUCACAACUAGAACAGGAAAAGGUCCUCAAUUAAAAAGGAUCUCUUGUAUCUUCCAACAGAGCGUCAAAAACGUAUGUCCUAAAGAUCUCUUUAUUCCCAGGGCCCAGAGUUAGCCCAGGAGUUUCCCUCAUCCACCUUCCAGAGCCUUGAGACCACACUCCUCCUCCACUCCCCUUAAGCCCUCCUUGGUGAUUCAUCCAAAGCUCCAAGAGCCAUGGUGCUUCCAAAACAGACAGAGCUCUUGCCUGGUCUCUCUUUGCUUUGAGUAUGUGUUAGAAGCACCCAUGCGUGGGAGAAUGUGGGGAUCACCCAACAUCACUCGUCCCUUAUUAGCAUCAGGACCUUUUCCCUUCGUGCAGUC